GAGAGGAUCGGUCACCUUCUUUGCAACACCCAUCGGCAUAUUCCUGUUUUGAGAGAAGGGGGGGAAAGAGGGAGAAGAUGUGGAUCUUUUACAGUUCGGACGAUUCAAAGUGUAUCUUUUCUAUUUGGAACCAGUGGUGUUUGUAUUACGCAGCAGUGAUGUGUUUGUUGUUUUCGCCCGUAAGGAUGGACGACGCGUGCCCGUCGUCCUGCAUCUGUACCAGGGGCUUGAGGACGGUGACCUGCCGUGACGGGGACUACACCGAGGUACCCAGAGACAUGCCAAAGUGGACGUCCACCUUGACACUUACGGGGAGUAACAUCUCAACUUUACAGCGUGAUGCGUUCAUGACCAACGGCACGGAGUUGGAAAUGACAACACUCUCUCUGUCCUAUAACGGGAUACAGGCUAUUGAACCUUACGCCUUCCUGGGGCUUUCCCGGUUACAUUCGUUGGAUCUUAGCCACAAUCAGUUGGAGUUUAUCUCAUCCAGGGCUUUCCAUGGAUUACCCGAUCUGCGCUCUCUUAACCUGAAUUACUCCGUUUCUCCUGCGGCCACCGCGCAGCUCUCAGAUGCGCUCAACACACAAAGUUUGCGCAACCUGCACAGACUGGAGUUGGCGGGAAACAAGCUGACGUCUAUCCCCCUCGAGAGAUUAGAUGUCUUUAACCUCCACGAGUUGGUGCUGAUUAAUAACUCAAUAGAGAUCAUCGGGGAGGAAAAUGUAACCAGUUUGUACCAACAAAGGCGCAUACGCGUCUACUUGUCUUUAAAUCCGUUUCGGUGCAGCUGUGAACUGGAGGCGUUUUACUACUGGCUGAAGAACUCGUCCCAGUGCCUGGAUGCAGGGCGUCUCCUGUGCAGCGAGCCAGAGGCUAAGAGGGGGAUUCCCGUGGAAAAGCUCCGGGGAGAGGAGGUUGAUUGUAUGAACGAGAACCUGGAGGCGGUGUCAUAUGUUUUCCUAGGUAUAGUGUUGGCUCUCAUCGGGGUGGUGUUCCUGAUGGUACUUUAUCUCAACCGGGGAGGCAUCAAACGGUGGCUCAACAACAUCAGAGAGGCCUGCCGUGACCAGAUGGAAGUAUAUCAUUACCGCUAUGAGCAGGACUCUGACCCCAGACUGGCCAACGUGGCUGUUUAACCAGUCGAAACACCAAUCCAGUGCUACAUAGUGUGAGGACAGACGAUAUUACCAGGAUAACUUAUUUAUCAAAGACUGUGGCCUUGACCUGUCACAACUACAACUGAUGGUUUUUUAAAACUAGUUUCAUCACGUUCAGCCCAUGAAUUCACUCUGGGAGAUGCACAGAGCCAAAGGCAGUUAAAUAUAAGUAACUGUUCAUCCAGCACAACUAAAUACUUCAAUCUUCUCAGCAGUGUUGUACAUAUUGUAUAUAAGUAUCUCCUCAUAGCAGAAAUGCUUUCCAUCCGUUGUGUUAUCUUACACAGCCCCACUUGUUUAGUAUUUACCCUCAGUAACCGUCCAAAGCGCACAGUAAAGGUCCAUCAAAUUUCCAAUUUGAAAAGCUGAGUCAGCGUUAUUACCCAAAGCUGCGGCCCCUGCUUAAUAUUUUACAUUCAGGAGAACCUGCGCAGAGAGCAAGACUGCUUUUAAUCUACCAGGGAGUGCAUAUUGUCAGAAAACUGUCAGAGAAGGAAACUCAUUUGGCAUUUUUUUUUAUGGAGUGCCAUGUUUGUGGAAUAUGUUGCACACCAUGUUUUCACGAAGACCC